AUGGACAAAGGACUUGUUCCUCUUGUUUCCGCUACUUCCAUCAAACGCUCGCCACUACGUGGCAUUUCGGGGACAAUUUCGCUGUCGGGAUCCGUUCUCCCCAAGAUUCUUGAUUCCAAAGGAAUGCUCCAAUAUGACACUACUGUCAGAGUUGGCCAUUCUGCUUCCAGAAUCAUUUAUGCCAGAGACUCCGAUUCUCGCCCUCGUCGUAUCAACGAUGACGAGCAGUUUCCUCGUCCGUCGCAGGAAGAAAUAAACACAACCACAGAAUUGACCCGAAAGGCACUUGAGGCAAUUGUCAGCCAGCGGAUAAAAAGCACGUUGCCGAAACAAGAGGGUCUUUCCGCUACUCAAGCAUCCACCUCGAAACUUACCAUGAUCGAAUAUAAGCCUUCUGCUUUGAAUUUAUUGGUGAAUCCAGAUGCACCAAAAAACAGGGUCAUUAAAAUGGUGGAGGCCCAGGCGGACCCUCUUGAUCCAGCAAAGUUUAAACAUCGGAAGAUCCCUAGGGGGCCUCCAUCACCCCCCGUUCCUGUCUUGCAUUCUCCGAUAAGAAAGGCAACUUCAGAUGAGUAUAAAGCGUGGAUUGUUCCGCCAUCUAUCUCCAAUUGGAAAAAUCCAAAAGGCUAUACAAUUCCCCUCGACAAACGCUUAGCUUGUGAUGGUAGGUCGUUGCAGGAGUCUGUGAUAAACGAUAAGUUUGCCGCAUUUGCCGAGUCAUUGUAUGUGGCAGAAGCUCAUGCUCGUGAAGAGGUGGCGCGCCGAAAUGCUCUUGAACGUUCGCUGGCAGCAAAUGAGCGUCUCGAGAAGGAGGCCCGUCUCAGGGAAAUCGCAAAGGAAACCAGGGCUGCGGCCUUUGCACAUCAAGGAUCAAAUCAUCAUUCAGACGAAAUUUAUGAGCGUGACGCUCUUCGAAGAGACGUCGCUCGCCAUCGGGCUGCUGAAUAUAAUAAGCGUGGGAGCGUCGGUCGAGAGCGUGAUAUUUCUGAAAAAAUUGCUCUCAACGUCCCCAUUUCAGCAUCGGGAGGUCCUGGCUCUUCAUUAUUUGAUACCCGUCUUUACAACCAAACCGAAGGAAUCUCCUCUAACUUUUCAGCCAAUGAUGACACAUACGCUGUCUACGAAAAGCCGCUGUUUUCAGGAUCGGCCUCCUCGCUUGUUUAUCGCCCAAAUGUUCGCCAAUCUGACAUUAAUGGUGAAUUAACUACAGAAGAAACCACCAUGUCUAAAAGGCCACGAGCAGGGCUUGGCUCGGAAAGUGGGGGGGUUAGUAGGGAGACUGCCCCUCUCCCCUCCCAACGCACAGGGCCGGUUCAAUUUGAAAGGGGUGGCGUUACAUCGACCGAAUUCUCAAAGCCAGAAAAGAGACAUGUUGCUGAUAAUGACGCAGGAGAAGACGAUCCCUUCGGACUGGAUACUUUCCUCCAGACUGCAAAACGAGGCAGACAAACUGGGAAAUGA